AUGUCAGUGAUUGGUGUCAUGGAGGAACUCAUAAUAUUGGAUGAAGAUGUCAGUGAUGGUGUUAUGGAGGAAGUCGUUAUACUGGAUGAAGAUAUCAGUGAUUGGUGCCAUGGAGGAACUCAUAAUAUCGAUGAAGAUGACGUCCAAUCUAAAUCUUCCAUACGACAACACGUACAACACGUCCAAUCUACAUCUUCCAUACGACAAUACGACAACACGUCCAAUCUACAUCUUCCAUACGACAACACGUCCAAUCUACAUCUUCCAUACGACAACACGUCCAAUCUACAUCUUCCAUACGACAACACGUCCAACACGUACAACACGUCCAAUCUACAUCAUCCGUACGACAACACGUCCAAUCUACAUCAUCCGUACGACAACACGUCCAAUCUACAUCAUCCGUACGACAACACGUCCAAUCUACAUCUUCCGUACGACAACACGUCCAAUCUACAUCUUCCGUACGACAACACGUCCAAUCUACAUCUUCCAUACGACAACACGUCCAAUCUACAUCUUCCAUACGACAACACGUCCAAUCUACAUCAUCCGUACGACAACACGUCCAAUCUACAUCUUCCGUACGACAACACGUCCAACACGUCCAAUCGACAUCUUCCGUACGACAACACGUCCAAUCUACAUCUUCCAUACGACAACACGUCCAAUCUACAUCUUCCAUACGACAACACGUCCAAUCUACAUCUUCCGUACGACAACACGUCCAAUCGACAUCUUCCGUACGACAACACGUCCAAUCUACAUCUUUCAUACGACAACACGUCCACCACGUCCAAUCGACAUCUUCCAUACGACAACACGUCAAAUCUAUAUCUUCCAUACGACAACACGUCCAAUCUAUAUCUUCCAUACGACAACUCGUCCAAUCUACAUCUUCCAUACGACAACACGUCCAAUCGACAUCUUCCGUACGACAACACGUCCAACAUGUCCAAUCUACAUCUUCCAUACGACAAUACGUACAAUACGUCCAAUCGACAUCUUCCAUACGACAAUACGUACAACACGUCAAAUCUACAUCUUCCAUACGACAAUACGUACAACACAUCCAAUCGACAUCUUCCAUACGACAAUACGUACAACACGUCAAAUCUACAUCUUCCAUACGACAACACGUACAACACGUCCAAUCUACAUCUUCCAUACGACAACACGUCCAAUCUACAUCUUCCAUACGACAACACGUCCAAUCUACAUCAUCCGUACGACAACACGUCCAACACGUCCAAUCUACAUCUUCCAUACGACAACACGUCCAAUCUACAUCUUCCAUACGACAACACGUACAACACGUCCAAUCUACAUCUUCCAUACGACAACACGUCCAAUCUACAUCUUCCAUACGACAACACGUCCAAUCUACAUCUUCCAUACGACAACACGUCAAAUCUACAUCUUCCAUACGACAACACGUACAACACGUCCAAUCUACAUCUUCCAUACGACAACACGUCCAAUCUACAUCUUCCAUACGACAACACGUCCAAUCUACAUCAUCCGUACGACAAUACGUCCAACACGUCAAAUCUACAUCUUCCAUACGACAACACGUCCAACACGUCCAAUCUACAUCUUCCGUACGACAACACGUCCAAUCUACAUCUUCCAUACGACAACACGUCCAAUCUACAUCAUCCGUACGACAACACGUCCAAUCUAUAUCUUUCAUACGACAACACGUCCAAUCUACAUCUUCCAUACGACAACACGUCCAAUCUAUAUCUUCCAUACGACAACACGUCCAAUCUACAUCUUCCAUACGACAACACGUCCAAUCUACAUCUUCCAUACGACAACACGUCCAAUCUAUAUCUUCCAUACGACAACACGUCCAAUCUACAUCUUCCAUACGACAACACGUCCAAUCUUCAUCUUCCAUACGACAACACGUCCAAUCUACAUCUUUCAUACGACAACACGUCCGAUCUAUAUCUUCCAUACGACAACACGUCCAACACGUCCAAUCUACAUCUUCCGUACGACAACACGUCCAAUCUAUAUCUUACAUACGACAACACGUCCAAUCUACAUCUUCCAUACGACAACACGUCCAAUCUUCAUCUUCCAUACGACAACACGUCCAAUCUAUAUCUUUCAUACGACAACACGUCCAAUCUACAUCUUCCAUACGACAACACGUCCAAUCUAUAUCUUCCAUACGACAACACGUCCAAUCUACAUCUUCCAUACGACAACACGUCCAAUCUACAUCUUCCAUACGACAACACGUCCAAUCUACAUCUUCCAUACGACAACACGUCCAAUCUAUAUCUUCCAUACGACAACACGUCCAAUCUACAUCUUCCAUACGACAACACGUCCAAUCUUCAUCUUCCAUACGACAACACGUCCAAUCUACAUCUUUCAUACGACAACACGUCCGAUCUAUAUCUUCCAUACGACAACACGUCCAACACGUCCAAUCUACAUCUUCCGUACGACAACACGUCCAAUCUAUAUCUUACAUACGACAACACGUCCAACACGUCCAAUCUACAUCUUCCGUACGACAACACGUCCAAUCUACAUCUUCCAUACGACAACACGUCCAAUCUUCAUCUUCCAUACGACAACACGUCCAAUCUACAUCUUUCAUACGUCCAAUCUACAUCUUCCAUACGACAACACGUCCAACACGUCCAACACGUCCAAUCUACAUCUUGCGUGCUACGUCAUGUUGGCAUCACUAUGACUGACCGAACCCCACUCCACAUUGUGAAAGAAAGGGUCACUGGACUGGGCACUCGGGACACAUACUGA